UGAAAAUAUCUUCUCUUUUCAGGUUUAAGUUUCCAAGUUAAUGAAUUGGUGUAAUAGUAGUGUAAUCUCUAUAGGUGUAGGAGACUGCAGUGAAAUAUGCUACAGAGAUCCUGUGGUAAAAGACCGACCAUGGACUGCAGUUAUGGAUUGUUCUCCUGGAGAUGCCAAAUACUCUGAGGAAUGCUUUCACGCAUGUGUUGCAGGCUGUGGUUACAAGUUUGAUGUUGAAGCUGAGAUAGUCAAUAAGGUGAAACCAAAGAGACCUCCACCACCACCGCCAAAGCCACAACCACCACCAAGGUCUCAAAAACCAAUGCAGCCUUCUACUGAGGAUGUUCCUGCAACUUCAGCUUGACAUAUCACAU